AAUCGUGUUUAAUCUCUACUGCACCGGUGCGUUAAUGCGCAAACACGGUAAUCUAAUCUGCGACUGAGGGGGCCAUUCCCCGGGAAGUCGCGAUUAUUUAAGACUCAGUAUCGUGUAACCGUCAACUUCAUUCGAAAGGUGACCCGAGGAAGAAACAUGAAGCUGUCGCUACUUGUUGCACUGUGUGGUUUGGCAACGGUACUGGCCGUUCCAAUGACCGAACUGCGCGAGCGUACGGAAGAGUUUCGGACCCGAUUUGAUGAGCUGCACCGCGAAAAGAAUGAAUUCGUAGAUAUCGUUCGACAGCUGUCCAACUACGAACUCCGAAAGUUGAACGAAGCGUCGCAGAGCCUUAUUGCUCAUACCUGGAGUGACAUCGAGCAUUUCUUCGACGACACCCGGACGAUCAUUGGGGAGAUGAUUCUGUAUCCGAAUGCCGACGAAGAAUGUCUGCUGGGACUGACGGAGGAAAUCGUGGCCGAACGAAUCCGUGCCGCCGAUGCCAUGAGUGCAUGUGCUGCUUUCAAGAUCAACAUCAAGGAAAGUUUGGCGGAGGAGAUGCGAUCACUGGGAAACACGUUGCAGAUCAUUUCGACGGCAGCCGCCGAAUACACGCUGUUCACGUUUGCCUCGCACAAUUCGUUCAUCAAUUCGGCUGGACAUCUGCAAUGGCUGGAGGACAACUACGAGAGACAGCGGGUAUUCUGGGACACUACGGCCCGCAACGAAGCACAGGCGGAUUUGGAUGCCAUGGAAGUUAAUCGCCCGGCACUGAUCAGAGAGUUUGAGGCCUGUUUGGCUGGCAUCAACGACGAUAUGGCGGAGGUCGAUCGUAACAUUAACCAGCGUUUGCCGCGUUGUUUGAAUAGUUAGAGUUUAGAAGAAAAAAACUAUGUCAAUAUUCCGAAAGCUGAAAUAAAUCACGUGCAUCAAACAAA